CGGCCGCUCACGUGAUGGCGGCAGCGAUGGCGGAAGAGGAGCGGGCGCUGCUGGGCCCCGCCGGUGGCGGUGAUGAUGGCGGCGGCGGUGGAGGGGGUUCUCCGGGCUCCCUCCGCGCCCUCCCCGCCGUCUGCGAUCCUCGGCGCCUGCCGCACCGCCUCAUUGUCCUCGCCCUCAUGUGCUUCCUGGGCUUCGGCAGCUACUUCUGCUACGACAACCCGGCGGCGCUCCAAACGCAGGUUCAACGGGAUAUGAAGGUGAACACAGCGCAGUUCAUGGCACUCUACGCCUGGUAUUCCUGGCCCAAUGUGGUUCUUUGCUUCUUUGGAGGUUUUCUGAUAGACAGAGUGUUUGGAAUACGGCUGGGCACUAUAAUAUUUAGCAUCUUUGUUUGUGUUGGGCAGGUAAUUUUUGCUUUGGGAGCACUACUUAAUACUUUCUGGCUGAUGGACAUGGGCAGAUUCAUAUUUGGAAUAGGUGGAGAGUCGUUAGCGGUGGCACAAAACACAUAUGCGGUCAGUUGGUUUAAAGGCAAGGAGUUAAAUCUUGUGUUUGGAUUACAACUAAGCAUGGCAAGAAUUGGGAGCACGGUGAACAUGAAUAUCAUGGGAUGGAUAUACUCUAGAGUUCGAGAUCUUCUGGGCUAUACUGGUCCCAGUACUCUUGGGUUAACUCUCAUGAUAGGUGGAGUAACAUGUCUCUUUUCACUGACCUGUGCAUUGAUCCUUGCUUAUCUGGACAAGAGGGCACAGAAGCUCCUUUGUAAAGAGCAAGGGAAAACGGGUGAAGUGAUUAAGCUAACUGAUGUGAAGGACUUCUCUUUGUCCUUGUGGCUGAUAUUUGUAAUCUGCGUCUGUUACUAUGCAGCGGUUUUCCCUUUCAUUGGACUUGGAAAGGUUUUCUUUAUUGAGAAAUUCAAAUUCUCAUCUCAAGAAGCAAGUGCAAUUAACAGUAUUGUGUAUAUCAUAUCAGCGCCCAUGUCCCCAGUCUUUGGACUCCUGGUGGAUAAAGUUGGAAAGAAUAUCAUCUGGGUUUUAUGUGCUGUAAUAACUACACUUGCUUCUCAUAUUAUGUUGGCUUUUACCUUCUGGAACCCCUGGAUAGCAAUGUGUUUGCUAGGAGUGGCCUACUCAUUGCUUGCCUGUGCCUUGUGGCCCAUGGUGGCCUUUGUUGUUCCAGAACAUCAGCUGGGAACUGCUUAUGGCUUUAUGCAGUCUAUCCAGAAUCUUGGUCUGGCAAUUAUUGCUAUAGCAGCUGGGAUGAUUCUCGACACAAGAGGAUACUUGUUUCUUGAAGUCUUCUUCAGUGCUUGUGUUUGCUUGUCACUAAUAGCUGUGGUCAUGCUGUAUUUUGUGAAUCACCUCACAGGUGGUGAUCUCAACUGGUCUGCAAAGAAAAGGGAAAAACUGCAAAAAGUAGCUGCAAAUGAAGUGGAAGAACAAGAGAGACUCAGACGUCAAAAUGAAGAUGACUUGGCUAAAUUACAGCCAAAAGCUGAUGACUUUAGUUUAAGGAAUAAAUACCUCUCCAAACUAGGCGCUCAGCUACCAGAUAAUUACUCUUCCUAUUUAUCGACAAUGGUGCACAGAAGUGUGUUGAAAUAGCAGCUUGCCCCACUUGCAAAAGCAGAAACACAUUGAAGUUCCUGGUCCACAAAACUCUGUUUCCAGUACAGACAACUGCCACAGCAAGAACACAGUGAUGCAUCAUACUUUUCUGCAAGCAUAGAUCCUAUUUUCAAAAUACUUGGCUUAAGCUCCCCAUUCUACACUUUUGGUAAAUCAAUGAAGGAUCAUCUGGCUGUUUAUUUGACCCCGUGAGCUACUACACCCUCUUGUCUAAAAUAGCCAGUGAGUAGCUCCAGCAAAGACUUGAUCUCCUCAACAGUGUCUGAAAUGUGAAAGCUUUGUUUCAGUAAUCAAACUGCUGUGAAAUGAGCCUUGAUGUGGGUGUGGGUUGUUUGCCCUCUCAGGUUGGACAGCUUGGUUACCAGGUUGGAAAUGGUCUGUUCCAUUUUUCUUAUAGAAAAAUCUAAGGAAAGACUACCAUUUUAUUUUUGGUCCUAGCAAAUAUUUCAGAGGAAACCAAACUAUACAAUUUCAGUGUUACAGUUCAAAAAGUGCUAGACCUGGAAGUUAAUACCAGGUCACAGGCUUAGCAAUAAAACCUCAUGUAAGUCCUGAUUAAUGUGAAAAUUGAUGUAUUUUUAAGAAGUUGUGAUUAAAAAAAAUGAUGAAAAGAGUUAAAUGUAAGAACUGAAGGCUGUUAUUCAGUGGAAAAAUGUUGAUUUCAUAAUGAAACUCAAGGCUUUUCCGUAAUUUCAGUGAAAGUGAAAUUUUCAGUGAAAGGCUUGUUGCUGAAUAUCUUAGUAGCCACUCCUGCGGAGUACUUUCCUUUGUUUUUUAUUAAUGUUAAAGGCUCACUUAUGUAAUCGAACAAAUUAUUCCUCAACUAAGCUAAUCUUACUUUAAAAGUCAAGAUCAUCUGGCUUUUUGAAGCACUAGCUACACAGAAUGAAGAGCUGCUACACAAGUAGAGGUUAAGGCACACAGGGGUGUGUGAGCUUUCCUUGGCUGACUUCAGGGACUCCUUGUGUGCUGCAAAAUGCUUACGAGCCUUUGAGUUGCUUGACUGCAGAGAAAGUAGUUUGUUGUAAUAAAAAUGUUAUAUUAUACCUGUAAUUUUUUUUUCCUACAGUAAUUUAAGCAGACCUCCUGGAACUCAUGGUCUUAAGGUGUUUUUCUUUAAAGAUGCUUUUCAGUGGAGAUUUCUUUCGUCUUCCUGAACAACUGUCAUCUUCAUGAAAGACUAAACCAGGACUAUUUUGGUUAAUAGUUCUGUAUUCUGAAGAAUAAUCUAGGAAAAUCAAGUAGUAGGUUGUGAAUUGUGCCAAGCUUGCUGCUGAAGGGGAGUGGUGCCCUGAUCUGUGAUAAUUGUUGCUUUCUGUGCUCCCUUUGAGAAUCAAACACUAUCAGCUCUGAGACUGGUUGAUGCAAGAUGGUUUAUUUUUCCAUGUAGACUUGUGAAUUCUGGGUCUUUUUUAAUAAAAGCUUUAAAUGGGUA